UUUCAGAAAUUCUUGCGAGAAAUUGUACAGAAAAUGAAUAUAAUACAUGUGGAAACGGUUGUACGGAAUAUUGUGGACACAUCUUCGACACAUGUACGUCGAAGUGCGUUGAAGGUUGUCAAUGCAAGGCUGGUUACGUUAGAAAGAAUAGAGGUUCUAAUGAAUGUAUAUUAGAAAGUCAAUGUCCUACACCAAAAUGUCCACCUAAUCAAAUAUAUAACACAUGUGGAUCUGCUUGUCCUGAUUAUUGUGGACAACCCAACGAUAUUAUUUGUACUGAUCAAUGCAUUGUAGGGUGUCAAUGUGAGUCAGGUUACGUAAAGAAAUCCAUGGAUUGUGAUGAUUGUUGUAUUCCAAAAGGUCAAUGUCCUUAA